GUAAAUUCCCCAGUGUUAAAUAUGCAGUGUCAAAGUGCAUUGACUCUAUCCGAGUUAAUACAACAACAGCUUGAGUAAAGCGCCCCCCAGUGUUGGUGUCAAUUUCCGUCGUUAAAUGAGCAGUGUUAGACUUACUCUGAAGAGCCCCGCCCACCUCCUCUUCAAUUUCUAACCGUCAGAAUUUUCAAGACGGCAUUUUCUCCCAGUGGAAAGAGUACGUACGAGAACAUGCUCCUCAAAGUGAAACUUGGUGAUGUCCAAAAAUUUGUUAGAGUAUACUGAGCCAAAUCUGUCAGACUUUUUGAAUGCAGCAUUUGCCAAAUUUGGUGUCCCAGCUGUAACAGAAGGUGUCAAAGUUGUUGACAGUUCAGGGACUGAAUUAGAUGACGAUGUUUUUGAGGAUAUAGUAAAGGAUCCCUCCACUGGGGUGCUAACCAUCAUAUAUGAAACAGAAUCUGUCUCCAUGGUAGCCUCUCCUGAGUCCCAACUAUCAUCUCUGGGUUCAUCGGACUCACUGGAUACCAUCGUCCUUUCAGACAGCCCUUCCAGAAAGUGUCAGAGGCUGUAUUCAGAGGCUAUGCAACUGGUGAAAUCCAUUCUUACCAAGAAAUCUGAUGGAGAAUAUAUAAUUAAUGAAUACAACCGAACUAAGACCUUGGCAGAUGAGAGCAGAAGGAAAAUGGUGAACAUACUGGCAGCUGAUAUGACGGAGAAGAAUGGUACAUCUCCACCCAGACAGGUGAAAGAAAUGUAUGCGAGAGGAAUUGUGAACUUGUUCCCCUACCUCAGAGACCCAUUCUCCAAGAAUGGCUAUCAUCAGCGGAAGGACCAUCUGGUGAGGACAUGUCAGGAGGACCAACUGUCAGACGAGUUUCCCAAUUCGUUCCAGAGACUGUCCUGAGUGAAGAUGAGUGCAAGGAAGCAAUGUCACUGAUGAAACAUUCAGCUGACGAGGACACAGUUAGGAAGAAGGUGAAGCUGACAUUUGUCCAUCGGCGUAACAUGGUCCUUGUCCCACAGCAGUCAAGCAACAUACUAUCUGAUUUUCCUCGUUUCAAAGACAUCAGAGGCUUGGUAAUUAUCUAAUUUUGACAGUGUGAUGACACUUGAAUGGUUUUCACUUCAGUAGAUGGGAAUUGUAUUAAUAUUUUACAACUAUUGCACCUUUUAACUAUGACUGACUGUAAUCCUGAAAUUGUCACCAAACAUACCACUCCAGGUUGAACAAGAUUUUGCUCUGAUGUUUGGAGAGGAUGUAUCAGGCAAGUUUCUGGAGAAGUGGUCAACCACAUUCAAGAAGAAGAUCAUCCAACAAUGCAGAACGAUUCCCUCCACCAGUGAGCUUAAGGAACUCCUUCUGGCAGCUGAUCC